GGGUGUGCGGGGCUGGCGCCGUGGGGCUUCCGAAGCUGACCGAGCCGGAGAGAUCGUUCUCUAGGUCCCUUACCUAACUCGGCGCUGGGAAAGGACUCCCCUCCACGGAGGUAUCAAGCGUUGCAGAUACUCCUGAUGCCGCCAGUACGAGCCUGGCACCGAGAUCCUAGUCUCCUUGGGCAGGCAGGGAGGAGAACGGAUACUGGCCCUCACUCUCUUUUGAUGGACUCCUUUCUUCCAUGGCCCUUCUUUCCAAAUCCCCUUGCCCUCACCAGAGCAGGCCAGGCUGCAGCUCUGUCCCAAAGCCUCCUGAGGCCUGUCUGUAACACCAGGUGUCACCUCCGAGCUAAUGACCCUUCCCUCAAUGUAACUGCAACUCUGAGAGCCCAGGCCCUGUCUUGAUAUCCUCUCUGGGCUGCCGCGUCCCUGUGAUGGCUUCCUAGUUCAUGGCCUCUUCUCCUCAGCAUCUUAACAUUGUUCUUUCCACUUCUUCCCUAGAUCUGCCCCUGUCUCCUGCUCUCCACUCCCAGAGUGCCUGCACCAGCUUUUCUCUGGCUUCUCUGCCUUCACCUCCCCAGCUGAAGUACUUGCUGGAGCAACGAGACGUGGAGGUGAACGUACGGGACAAGUGGGACAGCACCCCUUUGUACUAUGCCUGCCUCUGUGGGCAUGAGGAGCUGGUGCGCUACCUGUUGGCUAACGGAGCCCGCUGUGAGGCCAACACUUUCGAUGGAGAACGCUGUCUCUAUGGGGCGCUGAGCGACCCCAUUCGCCGUGCGCUGCGUGACUACAAACAAGUCACCGCAUCCUGCAGGAGGCGGGAUUACUACGACGAUUUCCUGCAGCGGCUUCUGGAACAGGGCAUCCACAGUGAUGUGGUCUUCGUGGUACACGGAAAGCCGUUCCGGGCACACCGUUGUGUCCUCGGUGCUCGCAGCACCUACUUCGCCAACAUGCUGGACACCAAAUGGAAGGGCAAGAGCGUUGUGGUUCUCAGGCACCCGCUGAUCAACCCGGUGGCCUUUGGGGCUCUGCUGCAGUACCUGUACACAGGCCGCCUCGACGUCGGUGUGGAGCAUGUUAGUGAUUGUGAACGCCUGGCCAAGCAGUGCCAGCUGUGGGACCUGCUUGAAGACCUGGAGGCUAAAUGCGAGAAGGUGUCUGAAUUCGUGGCUUCCAAGCCUGGCACGUGUGUGAAGGUGCUGACUAUUGAGCCCCCUCCAGCAGAUCCCCGGUUGCGGGAGGAUCUGGCACUGCUGGCUGACUGUGCCCUGCCACCUGAGCUGCGGGGUGACCUAGGGGAGCUGCCCUUCCCCUGUCCUGACGGCUUCAGCAGCUGCCCUGAUAUCUGCUUCCGAGUGGCCGACUCCAGCUUCCUCUGCCACAAGGCUUUCUUCUGUGGCCGCAGUGACUACUUCCGGGCCCUGCUGGAUGACCACUUUCGAGAGAGCGAGGAACCUGCAGCCUCUGGGGACCCCCCAGUUGUCACCCUGCACAACAUCUCCCCAGAGAUCUUCAGUCAUGUGCUAUACUACGUAUAUAGUGACCAUACUGAGCUUCCCCCUGAGUUGGCCUAUGAUGUGCUGAGUGUGGCCGACAUGUACCUUCUACCUGGUCUGAAGCGACUCUGUGGUCGCAGCCUGGCUCAGAUGCUGGAGGAGGACAGUGUGGUGGGUGUCUGGCGCAUAGCCAAGCUGUUUCGCCUGGCCCGACUGGAGGACCAGUGUACUGAGUACAUGGCCAAGGUCAUCGAGAAGCUGGUAGAGCGAGAGGACUUCGUGGAGGCCGUACGGGAAGAGGCAGCAGCUGUGGCCGCCCGGCAGGAGACAGACUCCAUUCCACUGGUUGAUGACAUCCGCUUCCAUGUGGCUAGCACAGUCCAGACCUACAGUGCCAUUGAGGAGGCACAGCAGCGACUGCGGGCACUUGAAGACCUGCUGGUGUCCAUUGGCUUAGACUGCUGAACCCUUGCCUGCAGCUAGGGCUCCAAUGGUGACAAGCAUGUGCAGUGUGUGCAUGCAGAAACUGUUGCUCUUGCACGCUUGGUGGCAUUACAGUGGACAGAGGGGACUCAUUGGGCUCCUGGGGACCUCACAAGUUCUUGGGAUGAGCCGCCUCCCCUAGUGCACAAAUAAGCCCCGAGACUUGGGGCUGUCACCACUCAGGGAAAGCUGGGGUGUGGUAGGCUUUGAACUUAGUCCCCAUAUCCCCCAGCAACCCACCUACUCCUUCCUGGCACUUGCCCAGCCCUGACUUGCUUCAGCUACUUCCAUGUACAGGGUUGGACAGGAAGCCAGGAGUGUGUGUGGCAAUAAAGCUUGAAUUCACUGUG